AUGGGAGUUACACGCCUAUUUGCUAAUGGUCUGGAUGUUUCUCCUGCCCUCCAAACAUUAGAUCUAAGCGGCAUCCUAUUUAUCCGAUUGAGACCAAGGCUUACUCACCCUCCUGGGACUGCUCUCUCAGCACUUUGUGGUACUCAUUUAUUGUUAAAAGAUUUGGUUCAUUUGUUGUUGGAACCCAACAAAUAUUUCUCGCAACUCCCCCACCGAAACUCUAAGGUCCAAGUUCUUAUCCAACACGACGUCCUUGAUACUGGGACCGAGAUUAUAAGUCUGCCAGACGGCGCCAAAUGUUGUGGGAACUUUGUCGGUGCUGAUGUGUCACUCUUUUCAUGGAGGUAUCAGCUUCUCUCUCUUCGAGCUUCAACAAUGGAGGACGAUUUAAUCGAUUUGAAUAUCGAUUUAAAUCGCGCAAUAGAAGAAAAAUUGUAUAAUUAUGACGAAAACUUAGAGAAUCAUAGAGAAGUAUAUGAUGUUGAAGAUGAAGAUGAAGGCACAUCUCAGCAAGUUAUGGUUGCAAAUCAAUGUUCAAUAAGGCAUUCAAUUGAGACAAACCACAACAUCUUUGAAAAUCCAAAUAAUGAGCAGGAAGAAAACAUUGAUAAAGAAUUAGAUGGCAGUUUAAUUGGAGAAGCAAGGAAAACAACCGAUGAGAUUUAUGAUCUAUAUUGCAAACAUGCUGCUAUUAUUGGUUUUAGUGUACGAAAAGGGAAGAAUAGAUAUAAAGAAGGAACCACAAUUGUUAAUGGAAAAUACUUCUACUGCUCUGCUGCUGGAAUAAGAGACCCUCCUAAAAACAAAGAACUAAAAAAUGAAGAUGAUCAAUCAGAUCAUGUAGUGGUACAUAAUCACCCAUUGACAAGAGAAAUAAGUAAUUAUCUCCACCGAUCAGAACGACAAAUGACAGAACCUAAAAAAGAAGUUAUUGAGGCAAUGUCAGAAUGUGGUCUAAGACCAAUGGAGUUUUAUAGGUAUAUGUCAACAGAAACUGGCGGAGACGACUGUGUAGGUCAUACGAUGAUUGAUCAUCUAAACUACUGCUACAAGUUAAAAAUGAAGCAAAUUGAUGGCAAGGAUUCACAAACACUAGUGAACAAACUGUAUGACAUACAAUCAAUAGAUCCCGAGUUCUUUUUCAGAGUAAGACUCAAUGCUGAAGGAAAAGUUGAGUGCCUAUUUUGGAGGGAUUCUAUGAUGAGAGAAGAUUACAAAAUAUAUGGAGAUGUUCUGGUUUUUUAUACUACAUUCAGAACCAAUAAGUACAAUCUCAUAUGUGCUCCAUUUGUUGGUAUUAAUAACCAUUGGAAAAACACAAUGUUUGCUUGUGCUUUCAUUGGGGAUGAAACCACAGAAUCUUUCGUUUGGGUGUUUGAAACUUUUCUGAAGGCUAUGGGAGGAAAGCACCCUAUAUCAAUUUUCACUGAUCAAGAUGCAGCUAUUGCUGCUGGAAUAGAACAGGUUUUUCCUUCUUCAAGACACAGGUUAUGCUUGUGGCACUUGAGUAAAAAUGCAAACAGUAGGUUUGGUUUAUUGAAGUCUGAUAAAAACUUCAAAAAUGCAUUCUACAAGUGUUUAAGUGGGUGUAUAACACCAAAUGAUUUUGAAGAAACUUAG